CCGGCUCCGCAGUUCUGGCAGCGGGCGAACGGGGAGGGACCGCCGUCAAAGCAGCCCGGAGGAGCCGGAGUCGCUCAUUGCCGCCGCCGCGGAUCCUCCCGUCCCUCCGCUCCAUCCCCGCGCUGCGGGCGCUCCGCUCCGACCUUACCUCCCCGUACCCAUCAGCAUGGCCAGCACCGUCUCAGCCUACAAGGAGAAAAUGAAGGAGCUGUCUCUGCUCUCCCUUAUCUGCUCCUGUUUCCACACCCAGCCGCACCCCAACACCAUCUACCAGUAUGGAGAUAUGGAGGUGAAGCAGCUGGAUAAGAGGGCAUCGGGCCAGAGCUUUGAGGUGAUCCUGAAGUCUCCUUCAGAUUUGUCUCCUGAGAGCCCCAUCCUUUCCUCUCCCCCCAAGAAGAAGGACCUGUCCCUGGAGGAGCUGCAGAGGAGGCUGGAGGCUGCAGAGGAGAGGAGGAAGACCCAGGAGGCUCAGGUGCUGAAGCAGCUGGCGGAGAAGCGGGAGCACGAGCGGGAGGUGCUGCACAAGGCACUGGAGGAGAACAACAAUUUCAGCCGCCUGGCUGAGGAGAAGCUCAACUACAAGAUGGAGCUGAGCCGGGAGAUCCGCGAGGCGCACCUGGCUGCCCUGCGGGAGAGGCUGCGUGAGAAGGAGCUGCAUGCAGCUGAAGUGCGCAGGAACAAGGAACAGCGGGAGGAGAUCUCUGGAUAAAGGGCUUUUCUACACAUCCAGCACCUGAUUCCUGUUAACAAACCGACCGACACGUUUUAUUUUCUUUGUUUAGAUGCAGCGUUUGGUUCUCCAUCCUCCCCCCCCCCAUCCCCUGGUGUUCGUCCCCCCAGCAACACGCUUCUCUGUCUGCAUCCUUAAUCGUUUGGUGCUUGUGGGGAGUCACAGGUCAUAGGGACCUCUCAGCAGAAUAGCAGCUAGUUCACAUGAAAUAGAGAUCAGUCAAUCAAGCAGCUUCUUUGGAGGGUUUGUCCUUUUUUCUUAAAAACAAAAAACAACUUAUUUCUUAAACUCGUGUAAAAAUUGAGCUAUUAAUAAAUUCAACCAGCAGUGUCACAGAGAUACAGAAUUCUUAUCCGGGGGCUUUUACUACUCUUGGUGUUUGCUCUGAGCUAAGUAUCAGGAUAACAAGGAGUGAUCGUUUCUGUGUGUAAGCAGAGCAAUGAGCAAAGUGUCAGUGGAGACAGCCAGGCUGGCUGCAUGGCACUGCCAUGUGGCUCCCAGCCAUCCCUGCAGCCAGGGUAGGCAGCAAGCCAGUGUCCUUAUCUCGGAUAGUGUGGAAAUAGGGGAGGGUCUCAGCACAGAGCUUGGUGCUGUCAUAGAAUGUUCCCAAUCCCAUCCUUUUCCCCGGCCCCAUUCCUGUCCUCAUCCAUGUCUCCUUCCCCAUCCCUAUCCCUGUCCCCCAUCCCUGGUGGCUGCAGGCUGAGCCCCCUGCCCCCCAAGGGCUCUGUCACCUCAGCUUUGCAGAACAUCAGGAGGGUCCUCAGUCUGCAUCCUGCCAGCCCUCCACGACCCCCUCUGAAUGUAGGGACAGGACACGGUGGUGAGGCCGCCUGCUGGCAGGGAGGACAUCACUCUUCCCAAGGAUGGAUGAGGCUCAGUGGAUGCUGAGAACAGGGAGCUCCUGGGCAGCACUUCGGGACAAGGACUUACCAGCAGCACUGGAUGAGGUGGAGCUGAGCAGGAGCAGUUCUGCAGGAAGGGUGAGGAGGUGUGUUCCCAUGCUCGUUUCUUGGCUAUCUUUAGCUUUUCAAAGCCUAUUUUUAAGCUAAUGUUGUCUCUUGGUGGAGGUAGGGAUGAGUGGAGGAUAUGCAAUGUGACAGUGGUAGGUGACAGCAGAGUGAUGCAGGCAGGUGGCUGACAGCCUGGGGCUCCCUGACUGCUAUUGCCAUGGUUUUGGGAGGCAGCUGAAGUCCCAGCACUGCAGGGCUGUGCCCAUGGGACCUUGCACCCACUCUGCUUCUGCCUUGAAAAGCUGAGAGGAAACAUUGCACCCAAACACACUGCAUUGAAUUGGGUCCAGCUGUGCAUGGGAUGCAGUGCUGAGCAGCCAUCCCAGCCUGUGGUGGGAUUUGGGGCAGGAGGUGAUGAGGGUACCCCCGUGUUGUGCAUUGGUGUUGUGCUUUGGGGAGGGCAGCAUGCAGGGGGUGGGCUGCUGGGGUCCCCUGUGCUGUGCGUGAAGCAGAAGGGGAUACCCCAUCCCUGGAGGUGGGAUGGGUUCCUGAGCAGCCUGAUCUGGUGGGGGCAACCAGCCCACAGCAGGGGGAUGAUCUUUAAGGUCCCCUCCAACCCAAGCCAUUCUACAGUAACACCAUCUGCACCACAGGCUGUGCGCUUCCCUCUCCAUCUCUCCAGAAAAGCAAUGCUGGCUCGGUUAGGACCUGAUGUUUUCUGUCUAAGGUGUGCUUUAAUUACACACACAAAACAAACGGUUAUGACCAAAAAAAAAAAACCCCAAACCAAAAAGAAAACCCACCAAAAAGCCAAAGGGCAGCACUGCUGGGGGUCCAACCCUGAGCUCUUUGCUGAUCUCCCCACAAGUCCCCAAGGAUCCGGGAGCGACCCCUCCGCAGCCAUAGAGCAUUUGGGGGGAUCUCUGCUCCUGCAGGAAGGGCUCCCCCCGGUGCUGGGGUACUGCAGAGUGCUGGGGGCAGAGAGGGAACCGGAGCAGAACCGAGGGUUGACUUUCUUAGCAGUAGCCAAUGAUCUGUUUAUAGUAGCAGCUGUCUUAGAUACUCAUCAUUGUAGAGCGCGGCGUCGCCGCCGGCAUCACCUCAUCCAUAUAGUGACAAGAAAUUAAAGAGAGAAAAAAAGAAAAAUGUUUAAAAACAUAAAAACAAAACCUAAUUUUAAAAGUAAUUUAAGCAAAAUAUUUGUGUGUAAGAAAGGGUUGAAACUGUCCCAUGUCUGUGUCCCACGCUGGUGGGACCUGAGGAAGUAUCCGCGAGAUGUUAACCCCGUCCUGCUCUCUGUGGUGCUGAGUGUUUGCUUGGUGUGUACUUCUGACCUGGAGCUUGUUGUAAAUACUGUUUUUAGUACUAUGAUUAUUACUAUGAUGAUGAUUAUUCUCCGAAAUGUUGUACUCAUGAGCAGGAGUCCUAAAGGAGAGAGAUGAGCACCUUCCCUAUGGAGCAGGGCUGCAGCACCCGCCCAAGGAUGGCACAAGGUGUUUGUGCUCCCAUCAGUGAUUUGGCAUCAGUGAGUGUGUGAGGGCUGUGCCCUGAGCUGAGGGGUGAGAGUGAGGUGCUGUGGGCUCAGCGGGAUGAAGCUGUGCAAGGAAGGGGCUCACUCAGGGCUGAACCUGGGGAGCCGUGCCACGAGGGUUAAGAUGUGUCUGAAGGAUGCAUUGCUGCAGGCUGAGCCAUGCAUUGGUGACAGCAGGGACUGCCACACAUGUGUGUGGCCAGGUGCUGCCCUGCCGUGCCAUGGGUGGGUGCUCCCAAGGUGGUUUGCCCCUCACACCACUGCUAGGCUGAGCCUUUCUUUGUCUCAUCAGCCCUGAGCCACACAACUGCUGUGCCAUAACCCAGAUGUGGGGUUACCUUUGAGUCAACCCUUCUGUGGACAAUUCAUGAUCAUGUGAACCCUACACUGCGGCCAGCUGCUAUUGCUGCCCUGUUAGCUGGGGGUGAGCAUCCCUGGUGUGGGCUCUGCCCCGCUGCAGGACUGUGUGUGUGCAGAACUGCACCCAUGGGGAUGGGGUUUGCACUCACACUGUUGUGCCACUGGGAGUGAGGCAGGGAAUGGCUGCUCAUGGUGCUGGAGGUUUCUCAUACCCCAAAGCAGGGGUUGGGGGUCCCAUUAGCAGAGCCCACCGUGGAACCAUUCUGAGCUGGAGGUGGUUGUUGUGUGAGAGAAAUGAUGAUGGAAAACAAGGAAGGAAAAAGAAACUGAGUGUGACCCCCACGUGUGCCCAUCUCUCUCCGUGAGUUGGUUGUUUGAGUUCUAAGGCUCCUGUGUGUAUUGUGGGAAUACCAAUAAAAGGCAUUAAACAGAA